UUAGUAGCCAGGCGGCCCCUGCUGCUCAGCCUCAGGCUGGAUGAUAAUCGUCUGCUGACCGGCCGGCUCCGCAGGGGUCACAACUGGAGGCUGGAUUGGCUGGCCCAGCACAGUGCCCGGCGGCACUGCCAUUGGUUGCACCUGGCCGGGCACCAGCACCAUUCCCGCCCCUGGCAGUGUUUGCAGUGGGCCGCCUGGCGUGAUUGGGGGCAUGUCGUCCUUGAAGCCGUGGGCCCUGAUGUGUAUCACAACCAUGCCGACAGGAGACAGGAAGCGAUCUGUAUAAGUCGAUAGAUGAGAGCUCACCGCAU